UAUAAUGCGUCGUCGUCACGGCUGUUCCGUGACAGUCGGUGAAAAAACGGCGAAGUAUCGUGUUGGCAGUGUGCGAGUUUGUUGGUGAUUUCUUUCUCGUACACAGUCUUUCACGACGCGACGACGAUGAAGAAACUCUACCUAUUGAUCGCAGCAUUAUUCCUGCUGACAGGAUUCGUCCGGGCCGAGGAUGACGUCGAAGAGAACGCCGGUACCGUGGAGGAUGAUCUUGGAGCUAGCCGUGAAGCAUCGCGAACAGAUCAUGAAGCAGUACAAAGAGAAGAGGAAGCAAUAAAAAUCGAUGGGUUAAAUACAGCUCAAGUAAAAGAACUAAGAGAUAAGGCUGAGAAGUUUGCAUUUCAGACUGAAGUUAAUCGCAUGAUGAAACUUAUUAUUAAUUCUCUCUACCGUAACAAAGAGAUCUAUCUCAGAGAAUUGAUCUCAAAUGCAUCUGAUGCAUUGGAUAAAAUUAGGUUAUUGUCUCUCACUGAUAAAGGUGUCUUGGAUACAAAUAACGAAUUGGCUAUCAGAAUAAAAGCAGACAAGGAAAACAAAGUAUUGCACAUAAUGGAUUCUGGUAUUGGUAUGACAAAGCAAGAUCUAGUAAAUAAUCUUGGAACUAUUGCAAAAUCUGGCACAGCAGAGUUUCUGGGAAAAAUGCAGGACGUCACUAACUCUCAGGAUAUGAACGAUAUGAUUGGUCAGUUUGGCGUGGGCUUUUAUUCCGCGUAUUUGGUUGCGAAUAUCGUCGUUGUGACCAGCAAGCAUAACGACGAUAAACAGUAUAUUUGGGAAUCUGAUAGCUCUAACUUCAGCAUUGUUGAAGAUCCUCGAGGAGAUACCUUGAAGAGAGGAACGACUGUAAGCUUACAUUUGAAAGAAGAAGCAUCGGACUUCUUAGAACCAGAUACGAUAAAGACCUUAGUGAAGAAAUAUUCGCAGUUCAUCAAUUUCCCUAUAUAUUUGUGGAAUAGCAAAGUUAUACAAGUCGACGCGGAAGAAGUGGAAGAAGAUAAGCCUGCGAAAAAAGAUGCUGAGAAAGAUGAGGACACUGACUCAGACAAGGAGGAUGAAGAGGAUGACGCUAAGGUGGAAGAGGAUGCGGACGAGAAGAAAUCUAAGAAAGUAGACAAGACUGUAUGGGAUUGGGAAUUGUUGAAUGACUCGAAACCCAUUUGGACGAUGAAACCAAACGAAGUUGACGAAAAGGAAUAUAUUGAAUUCUACAAGACACUCACCAAGGAUAAUCAGGAACCUCUAGCGAAGACACAUUUCGUUGCUGAGGGUGAAGUCACAUUUAAAUCUGUUUUGUUUAUCCCGAAGGUUCAACCGGGUGACAGUUUUAAUCGUUACGGUACAAAAUCUGACAACAUCAAGUUGUACGUCAGGCGAGUUUUCAUCACUGACAAGUUCACCGACAUGAUGCCGAAUUAUCUAUCUUUUAUUCGGGGUAUUGUGGACAGCGAUGAUCUACCACUCAAUGUUUCGCGUGAGAAUCUUCAGCAGCACAAAUUGAUCAAGAUUAUCAAGAAAAAACUCAUCAGGAAAGUAUUGGACAUGAUCAAGAAGAUUCCCAAAGAGAAUUACGAGACAUUCUGGAAGGAAUAUAGCACAAAUAUCAAGUUAGGCAUAAUCGAGGAUCCUCAGAAUCGUGCGAGAUUGUCCAAGAUCUUGCAAUUCCACUCGUCGACGCAGAAGGAAAUGACCUCCCUGUCUGAAUAUGUAUCCCGUAUGAAGCCCAAUCAACAGCAUAUCUACUACAUUGCUGGUGCAUCCGAGGACGAGGUAAAGAAAUCGCCAUUCGUCGAACGGCUGGACAAAAAGGGCUAUGAAGUAUUGUAUCUGACGGAGGCAGUGGACGAGUAUGCGAUAUCGGCAUUGCCGGAAUUCGAUGGUAAAAAGUUCCAAAAUGUAGCAAAAGAAGGUUUCACGUUGGACGAGGGCGAACGAGCGAAGGACCGAAUGGAACAAUUGAAGACAACAUUUGAGCCUCUAAUCAAGUGGCUGAGCGACAUCCUGAAGGAUCACAUCAGCAAGGCGCAAGUGUCUGAACGUCUGAUUGAUUCUCCCUGUGCCUUGGUCGCCAGUAUGUUUGGCUGGACCGGCAAUAUGGAACGUUUGGCAAUCUCGAACGCACACCAGAAGUCCGAUGAUCCACAGAAGAGUUAUUAUUUGAACCAGAAGAAGACUUUGGAGAUCAAUCCAAGGCAUCCACUCAUCCGAGAAUUGCUACGCAGAGUCGAGGUUGACUCGACCGAUCAGACAGCUAAAGACAUCGCCCUGAUGAUGUUCCGUACGGCAACUUUGCGAUCGGGCUAUAUGUUACGAGAAACCGCUAGUUUCGCAGAUAGUGUGGAACAAUUGAUGAGGAAAAACUUGGGUAUCUCCUUGGACGAAAUCCCUGAGGAAGAGGAAUUGCAGGACGAGGAAUUAGCAAACAGCGAGAAGGUGUUAGAUGUGGACUCUGAUGACGAAAAGAAGGAAGAGGAAGAGGAAGAAGACGAGAAACAUGAUGAAUUGUAAUAAUAGAAGGGAAUGUAAAAUUAUAUUCAAAAGACUUGUUCUAGAAGCGUAGCUAUACAAUGUAUAGUUAUCUCGAAUUCUCCCAGGAGGUGAUCUUUAUUAUCGCAAGUUUGUAAACAAUUUAGAUUGUACAACUUAAUAAGUUUGUUAAUUUUUCUGAUAUCGUAGAAAUUUUUUGUAAUUGCCAAGUGAUUGAACAGAAGGCAAAAUGUUUCUUAAUGUUUCUAUAUGAAACUGCAUAAUAUUGUCAUCCUUUUGUUCAUGUCUUAUUGAUACCAGUUAAAUUGUAGAUUUUGAAGCGAUUUAAAUAAUUUACAAUUUUUCAUUUUGAUCUUCCAUAUCUUUUUAGUAACGUGAAAAGAGCUGACUGAACGUUACUGACGUAUGGUAUGUUUGUGAUAUGUGUGAAUGUAUUUGUACAUGAAACUUACAAAAAGUAUAUUAAAAUGAAGUAUAUCUACUA